UUGUAACUACAUUCCGUUACUAAACGGUAAUUAUAAUAGUUCUAACCUCAAGUAAAGAAAAAAGUGAAAUCAUGGAUCGUUGGGAGAAUCAUGUUGCUGUCGUCACGGGCGCUAGCGCUGGCAUCGGCGCCGCUGUAGCCAAGUAUCUGGCAAAUUAUAAGAUGGUGACUGUAAACCUCGAUAAGAAUAUUGAAGAUUACGAUGCGGUGCGCGCUGAGGUAAGCCCCGAGGUAGCGAAACGUAUGCAUUGCAUACGUUGUGAUGUGCGUAGGGAAGAUCAAAUAAAGGCCGCAUUUAAGGAGAUUGCGAAAAAAUAUGGUCCAGUAAGCGUGUUGGUCAACAAUGCGGGUGUGUUAGUGAAUACCAGGCUAUUGACGGAGAAUAAUUCCGAGGACGUACUUAAUAUGGUCGAAACGAAUCUGAUAGGCGUGGUGUUUUGUACACGUGAGGCCUUUCAUUCGAUGAAGGCGAACGGUAUUGAUGGGCAUGUCUUUAUGAUGAAUACUACAUGCGGGCAUAAGGUGCCAGUACAGCCAAAUAUAAAUAUCAAUCUAUAUCCACCAACAAAACAUGCACUCACUGCGCUCACUGAAAUGUAUCGACAAGAGUUUCUGCAUCAGAAUACAAAAGUGAAAGUAACGAGCAUAAGUCCUGGCAUAACUAAGACUAACUUCAUAGAUCACGUUACAGUGCCACCCUAUACGGCAGUACUCAAUCCGGAAGAUGUGGCCGAUGUAUUAAUUUACUGCCUACAAACGCCACCGCAUAUACAAAUUCAUGAGGUAAUCAUGAAAGCUAUUGGUGAUAUUGUUUAGAAAAGUUUAAAGGGCAAAUAAAAUUAUAAUAAAAUGUAAAUGCAACGAAUUUUGAUUACGCAACAAAAAACGUCACGCUUGCGAUAUGUAGUGUCGCACUAUACUACGCAUUUUUAUAGGUUGUUUAAUUUUUUUGUUAUAAUGUGAUAUUCGGUUGGUUUGAGUUAAGAGAAAAACUGAGGGUUGCCACCCUUCUGAACUUUUAAAAUUAAACUUUAAUCUUUUUA